GCGAUGCUCAGCCACUGCGUGUCCAGCAGGACCUGAUGUCGAGCUGAACCGAUCUUGCUGCAGGUACAGUGCGGACUCGGCUUCUGUCCGCUCCAGUCCCAGUCUGCUCCACUGGGGCUGCGCAGCGCAGUGUGUGUGUGUGUGUGUAUGUGUGUGUGUGUGUAGUAGCUGUCAACGAGGAGCCAGACAGCCACAGACUGAGCCAGUGCGGUGCUUGUGUGUCCCGUUGCUGUGAAGUUUGCGGGUUGCUCAGAGCGAGGAGGUGGGGGGUGAGCAGCAGGUGCGGGCUGGACAGACAGGUCCUAUCGUAGUGGGCCUUUGGUUUGCUGGUAGGAGUUGAAAAGGAUCGAGGGGACGAAAUGAACACAGACCCUAUUCUUGAAGAGACUUUGAUUAAAAGAUCUCAACAGAAGAAACGGACUUCUCCACUCAACUACAAAGAAAGGGUGUUUGUUUUAACAAAGUCAAGAUUAACAUAUUAUGAAGGUCGCCCUGAGAAAAAAAAUAAAAAGGGUUCCAUUGAACUACAAAAAAUCAAGUGUGCAGAAGUAGUGAAGCAUGACAGUGGCCCUUUUCCUUGCCAGAACAAGUAUCCAUUUCAGGUUAUAUAUGAUGCUAAUACCCUGUAUAUAUUUGCACCAAAUCCCAGUAGCAGAAGUACAUGGGUGCAAAAGUUAAAAGAAGAAAUAAAGAAUAAUGAACUCAUAUUGCCAAAAUAUCACCCACGAUUCUGGGCUGAAGGGGCAUGGCAAUGCUGUAGACAAGCAGAUAAACUUGCCCCUGGCUGUCAGGUAUAUAAACUCUUUGCUGAUGUUACUCGAAAGCCACUUCCACCAACACCCGAUGAAAUGCAACACAGGGACUGUUCAUCAUGGACUGCCAAUAGGGCCCCUCCACCCCCACCCCCAGAUGGUGAUGAUGACGAUGACGAAAAGGAGGAUGAAGAAGAUGAAGAGAUAGUUACAGCAAUGUAUGACUUUGAAGCAUUAGAGAAUCAUGAUCUCAAUCUAAUGAAGGGCGAAGAAUAUGUCCUACUACAGAAAUGUGAUGUGAAUUGGUGGAAAGCAAAAGAUAAACAUGGGUGCGAAGGAUAUAUACCAAGCAACUACGUAACUGAGAAGAAAUCCAAUAAUCUAGAAAAAUAUGAAUGGUAUUGUAGAAAUGUUAACCGGAAUACAGCGGAACAAUUGUUGAAAUCUGAGGAUAAAGAGGGAGGUUUUAUUGUCAGAGACUCCAGCCAAGCUGAGACCUAUACAGUAUCUCUGUACAGCAAAAGUCAAGGAGAGGGUGGAUCAACACGGCAUUAUCAUAUAAAACUGAGCCAGACUUCACCUUGUCUUUACUAUCUGGCUGAAAAACACUUGUUCAAUAAUAUUCCAGAGUUAAUUGAGUAUCACCAGCACAAUGCAGCAGGUCUUAUCACAAGGUUGCGAUAUCCAGUAGGCCGUAAAGGACGAGCUGCCCCUACAACUGCUGGUUUUAGCUAUGAUAAGUGGGAAAUAAAUCCAUCCGAGUUAACCUUUAUGAAAGAGCUGGGCAGUGGACAGUUUGGAGUUGUAAGAUUGGGAAAGUGGCGGGCACAGCACAAAGUAGCUAUUAAGGCCAUUCGUGAAGGUGCAAUGUAUGAAGAGGAUUUCAUUGAAGAAGCUAAAAUCAUGAUGAAGUUAUCUCAUCCUAAAUUAGUACAACUGUAUGGAGUCUGCACACAGGGGAAACCAAUAUAUAUAGUGACCGAGUUUAUGGAACUUGGCUGUUUACUCAACUAUCUACGGCAAAGAAGAGGCCAGAUUCAAAAGGAAAUGUUACUGAGCAUGUGCCAGGAUGUGUGUGAUGGUAUGGCGUACUUGGAAACAAACAUGUUCAUCCAUAGAGACCUGGCUGCCAGAAACUGUUUAGUGAGUGAAUCACAUGUGGUGAAAGUAUCUGAUUUUGGAAUGACGAGGUAUGUCCUUGAUGAUCAGUACACUAGUUCAUCAGGUACGAAGUUCCCAGUGAAAUGGUCGCCUCCCGAGGUGUUGCAUUACUCUAAAUUCAGCAGUAAAUCAGACGUAUGGUCAUUCGGUGUUUUGAUGUGGGAAGUUUACAUUGAGGGAAAAAUGCCAUUUGAGACUAAAUCAAAUGCUGAGGUGGUUCAAUUAAUUACAUCUGGAUUUCGACUCUAUCGUCCGAAACGGGCAUCGAAUGCUGUGUAUGAGAUCAUGACCCAGUGUUGGCACGAGAAACCAGAAGGACGACCAACUUUUUGUGAGUUGUUGCUGAUGAUCAACCAGUUAGUGGAAUAUGACAGUUGAAGAGACUUGCAAUUGGUUUUGGACUGCUCGGAACUACGAGAAAAUCGUAAGAGCGAUGUUUCAACAGAAGCCUCUUUGGAGUGAUUUGAAACCUGAAUGGAUUGUCUCAUACGGAUUUCUGAAAAGAUUAUAAUCCAUUGCACACUUAACAAAGAUUACUGCAGCCUCACAAUUUAUAUUGUAUAUGUUGAUGCAGAUCUUCAUAGUCCAAUGAUACAUUGUAAACCACUAUGCACUGAAUUGAUGAGAAUUCUGGUUCUCCUGCUGGUUUUCCAUGAUUAUCAUCUUUUAUGAUUAGAGUACACAAAACAGUAAUGACCCCAUAUACAGUCAAAUCUGUGUUCAGCAGUCUCUCAGAGGAUAGGAUUAAAGUGGCCUUUAUAUAAGGGUGGCCUCUGAGUAAGGGCUCAUUGGUUUGUUGAACAGACCCUACUAGAGGUGGUUCAUUAUGGAAAAUCGUUCAUUAUGGGGUUGUUCCAGAGUGGUUUUUGACAGCAGGCGUUGUUGAAUAGAGGUGGUUGCUUUCACAGGUUUGACUGUGAUAGUUUCAAACUGGAGCUAUUAUUUAGUUAAGUAAGUUUUGUAUAACUGAACAGCUCUGAAGGUGUGAAGGUGUUUUUUUCUCACCAGUCAACUUUCUCCUCACUCCUCUCCUCAAGAUAUUGGGUUCCCCCCACCACCACUCCCCCAACUAGGUUUGGUUCACCGGGCGCUGGUUGCCUCUCGUAACUUACCCAAAUUAUUACAUGUGUGACUUGAUGGGCAGUAUUAGACAUAAAAAAUUAUAUUCAAUUUAAAAACAUUUCUGGUUAAUCUGUUAUGAUGAUUCCAUGUUCGUAGCCUCAUUUUUAUAUUAGGCACCACUACAUUUUCACAAAACUUAGGGCACUUUUUCCAGUAGCAAAAUGUAAAACUAAUAUAGAAUUAUUGCUAGUGAAAUAUUUGCAUAGAUAUAAUUUGGUAUCUAUCAAAGAACAAUUGAAUGAGGAAUGCUCUGCUGGAACUAAAAAAGCAUUUUUUAGUCAAGUGUUCAUACCCUCAUUUCUUUUGUUUUAGAAAGAAGAAAAAUCUUGCAAUUUUAUAACCUUAUCAUGCUAAAAUAUCUCAAGAGCUUUACAGAUAAUUACUGUCAGUGAAGUGACUGCUUUUGUAGGCAAGAUCCCACAAGCAGCCACAAAGUGAAUGACAAAUUAAUCUGAACGAUUCAAACUGAUGAGAUUUUCUUCAUGCCUUGGCCACCAAAUUAGAAUGUCCACUGAGCAUGCAACUAUUAUAUAUAAACAUGUCUAACACACACAGGCACACUGAAAUGAUUUUGAUUAAUCCUUGCAUUUGAUU